AUGAGUUUCGAAACCGUAACUAUAGCUGGAGGUACGGGUAAAGUGGGCCAUUUUAUAGCUGAGGCAUUUUUGGAAGAUGGCUCCUAUCGAAUUAAAAUUCUUCGACGGAAGUCAAACGAAGAAGACAGCAAUGAAAUGGCUAGAUCGUUGGCUUCCAAGGGAGCAGAAAUUGUAUACGUGGAUUACUAUAAAAAAGAUGAUCUCGUCAAAGCACUUCAAGGAACCGAUGUUUUAAUUAGUGCUUUAAAUAUGGAUUUUGUAGGAGGUGCGUCCUAUUAUGACGUUCAAACCCCAUUAUUAAACGCUGCCAAAGAUGCUUCGGUAAAAAGGUUCAUCCCAUCCGAAUUUGGUGUAAAGAUGAAGUAUAGAGCUAAUCCAUUAACGGAUAAUAAAAAAUUAUUUAGAGAUAGUGUAGAAAAAAGUGGUCUCGAAUAUACGUAUAUUUAUUUCGGAGUACUCCAAGAAGAGAUUUUUCUGUGUGGGUUUGAUAUCGAAAAGAAGAAAGCUACAUUCUUUGGUGAUGGUAGCAAAAAGAUUCCCACCACUUCUUUUUCCGAUUUUGGUAAAUAUAUCGUAGAGUCACUUAGAAUGCCAGAAGCUCGUAAUUCUGAAAUUACUGUUGCUGGCGCGAACAUGUCUCCGUUUGAGUACCUUGAGAUAUUUGAAAAGGUUACUGGUUCGAAAUGGGAAGUGGUUGUAAAUAGAAAAGUAGUUGACGUCAUAUUCUUAGAUAGAUUCAUGGCUGCAGUGGCGCAAGAAGCGGAGUUUGAAAAGUUGGACAAUGAUAAAUUCAGUUUCGCUCCUAGACCUGUUUCCGAAGUUAUUGAAGAGCUCGUAAAUCAAGUGUCGGGGUGA